CAACCAACCAAGUCGCCCCCACCCCCUACCCCAACCCCCACCCACCGCGGAUCUGGUUUACGGCUUGGAGCGCAGGCUCCAGUGCGGCAGCUGAUUGGUUGUCGAAGGCUUGGUCCCAUCCCAGUGACCCCAAAGUGCUGGAAGGAGGGGGCGGGGGUGGCCCAGUGCAAAGUGCAUCCCGAAAGCCCCCUGUCGGGACACCCCGCUGCUGACACUUCGGACCUGGUACGAUUGGUGUCUCUCUGUCCCCAGACCUCUUGAGUCCCUCGGUAGCUGAAAGCCUCCGGCCCGGCGCGCAGCAGACCCUUGGUCUGAGCCCCUGGACCGGGACUGCCCCCCCACCCCUCCGAGCCGGCACUUCCUCCCAGCACCCCUUCCCGGAGGCUGCUCCGAGGCCAAGACCGCCACCCCCAGCCUGAUCGACUAUCUGGAUGCUCACCGGGCUGGGGCCGUGAAGCACUGAGGAGGAUCAGGAACACGGUGUCCGGCCCUGCCUGGGGUGUUUCUUCAAUGGAGAAGUUGGUGAAUGUGGAGGAGGCUGAAAGGAGAGAGAGGAGCUGCAGCUGAGGACACAGGUUUGAGCUGGUUGGAAGACACUCCCGAGCAGAAGGGGUCUGGCCACCCACCAGAGGAGCAAUAAGCAGAGUGCUUUGGACAAGCAUCCUCUCCAAAGAGAAUUUACUAGAUUGAAAUGUAAGCACCUAGGUCAUGUGCUCAGAUUUCUGCUGCCUAUUUUGUUGCUGCCUCCGAAAAUGCCCUAAAGGUGAAGAAGACUACUCCCCUGAGGCCGGGGUACACUGGGAACCCUUCCUACCAUGCUGCAUGCACGCCAUGGUUAUUAGACAACCUGUCCACCGAGAGAAGAGACAUUCUUCUAUAAGCCAAGAGACUGAAUUUCAAGGAAGUAAUUAAGUGAAGAAUCAAAAGGAAACUUGCUUAUUAAGAGAACAAAUUAUCAAGAAAUUUCUCAUUUUCCAAUUUUCUCUGAGGAAACAGCUAUUUGAGGCUGCCUCCCGUGACCUAAUGUCUGGUUGGUGAAAAGCAGACUCUGCUAGGAUGUUACACCACCACUGCCGGAGGAACCCUGAGCUCCAGGAAGAAUUGCAGAUUCAGGCUGCAGUGGCGGCCGGGGAUGUUCACACAGUACGAAAGAUGUUGGAACAAGGCUAUUCCCCAAAUGGCCGAGAUGCCAAUGGCUGGACCUUGCUCCAUUUCUCUGCAGCAAGAGGAAAGGAGAGGUGUGUUCGAGUGUUUCUGGAACACGGAGCUGAUCCCACGGUUAAGGAUUUAAUCGGAGGCUUCACCGCUCUGCACUACGCAGCCAUGCACGGCCGGGCCCGGAUCGCACGCCUGAUGCUGGAGUCUGAAUACAGGAGUGACAUUAUUAAUGCAAAAAGCAAUGAUGGCUGGACUCCCCUCCAUGUGGCUGCCCACUACGGUAGGGACUCAUUUGUCCGGCUCCUCCUGGAGUUCAAGGCCGAGGUCGACCCGCUCAGUGAUAAAGGAACAACGCCACUUCAGCUUGCUAUCAUCCGAGAGAGGUCGAGCUGUGUGAGAAUCCUUCUGGACCACAGUGCCAACAUCGACAUCCAGAAUGGGUUCCUGCUGCGCUACGCUGUGAUCAAAAGCAACCAUUCUUACUGCCGCAUGUUUCUUCAGAGAGGAGCAGACACAAACUUGGGGCGCCUAGAAGACGGACAGACUCCUUUACACUUGUCUGCCCUCCGUGAUGACGUGCUCUGCGCACGGAUGCUGUAUAACUAUGGAGCGGACACGAACACAAGGAACUAUGAAGGUCAGACCCCACUGGCCGUUUCCAUAAGUAUUUCAGGAAGUAGUCGGCCGUGUUUGGAUUUCUUACAAGACGUCACAAGACAGCCCAGAACCCUGCAGGACCUGUGCCGAAUUAAAAUUCGACAGUGUAUAGGCCUUCAAAACCUGAAGCUGCUUGAUGAACUACCAAUUGCCAAGGUCAUGAAAGACUACUUAAAACACAAAUUUGAUGAUAUCUGAUAUAUCCGGACUGUGAGCGAGAGUAAGAGUUAUUCCAGACACUUAAAAGGCCUCGGGCCUCGCACAGAGUAUAUCCUAUGCAAUUUCUGAUUUGUGCUCAAGUCAGAAAGCAGGUAUACACUUUUAGGUUUUUGUUUGUUUGGAUUUCAUUUUGGGGAGGGAUCUUUAUAUAUAUAUGUGUGUGUGUGCACAUGUGUGUGUGUGUGUGCAUGUGUGUGUGUAUGUGUGUGUGCACAUACACACGCACACACACCUCAUGCUUGAAGGUCUUAAUUUGGUUUCUUGGUCCAAGUCGAUGAGGUUCAAGCCUUUCUAUACAAUGCUGCAUUUAGAAAACUUUUCUCCUAAAUGCACAACAUAGACAGGUUUGAAGCAGAGAAUUUUCCCUUUCGAUGCUCUGGUUUCACUGCAAACAAGGUACUAGGAACCAGUAGACAGAACACCUCUUAAAGUUUGGAGGUCUCAGGCUCACCUCUGGUGAUCCUGGGUGACGCUGGAAAAUUCUCUGUGAAGAAACUAGCAGUGAUGCUGUCGCCUCAUUCAUUUUUAAUGAGUACAGAUGAGCUGUUUAAAAAUCCUUUUCCCUUCUAAUUAAUGUAGCUUUCUGAUGAAAAAGCAAACCCAGUACCUCUGCUUCCUUUGCUGUGCGCUUAUUUGUAAAUUAUUUUUUUAACAACUGUAAGACACUACCCUGAGACAUUGUGUUUCAACCUCUCUCCCCCUCUCCUACCCUCCCCCCCCUUUCCCUUAUUGAAUUGUGCUUUUAAAAAAAAUCAAUGGGAAAAGAAAUUAACUUUUUAAAGCCAGUGUAUUGUUUUUUGUUUUUGUUUUUUAUUUUGUUUUUUAAAAAAAAAAAAUGGUGCCUCUUGUGCAACUCUCUCGGUGUAGUCUCUGGAUGGUUUUGCUCUUCCCAUUCCUCAGCUGUCUUCUCAUGCCCCUCAGAGCCGUAACCACCAUCUCCAUCCCACAGCAGGCCACCAGUGUCACCACCUCCAUCCCACAGCGGGCCACCAGUGUCACCUCAGUUUCCAUUUUAAGCUUGGUGUUUUAUUUCACCCUAAGGAACAAAUUUCAUAUCUUGGUAAUAAGUGUUCUCUAGAAAUAGCCCACAUUCUUGCUAAGCCAUUCUAUUUUAAUGAUUAAAUAAUUUGGGGUGGUUUCAUGGUGGAUUUUUUCGCCUUUCUAGUAAUAUGUAUACGUAUAUAUUUUAAGGGGAAAGUCUCUAAUGGGCACCCUUUUAUAAGACUGGCAAAUUGCUGAUAUGCUAAUGAGAUAUUUCCUGUCUAUUUUGAAGGUGAGUACAGUAAAGCUCUUCAAGACAAAUAUUUUACUUUCUGGGUUGAUUGGCCAAGUAUGUGCAAGAAAGACCCAGAUGCAGUAAAAUGUUAGUAGCAAGGGGGAAGGUCCCGUAGGCAGUAGGCACCAGGGAUGUUCCUAUGGACCCAUGCUCACUGCUUCAUUUGACAUUAUGUUAGUUUGAGGAGAGCCUUUUUAAGUCCCCCACGCCAUUCUUAGUGCUGUGACAAAAUUUUUAAAUAUUUAUAAACUGUUAAUAAAUUUGCUAUCAAAAGGUUGCAAGAUAAGGGCUUCUCCUUUCUUGUCAGAAUUGCUAGUUUGAGGGCAUAGAGGGUAAAGUCUUAGUGUAAUUAAGCAGAAUUAGGUUUCUCCAAGUUCAGGCCAGCAAUGCUCUGCACUCAUGCCCAGAGUUUUCCUCUUAGCCACAGAGUAACUGUGACAUCAGAACAUAGGAUCUGCAUGUGCCUCAGUGGCACAAGGAUUCCUGAAAGUCGGCAGGAUGAUUCAGGGACUCGCUGAUGUGGCCCGUAGCCUCCUUCAGCAGGGAGUGUGUGGGACCCAGAGGAUAGGGACGGGUGUUGUGACCCUGUCUGAAAGGUUAUCUCCAUGGAGAUUUCCCUUCUAAGACAGCUACAGAGCUGUGUUCUCAUUCUUUAUUCAGGGCUCAGGUCAAGGCUGGAGACUUACUAACAGCCUUAGGGACACAGAAUGACCAGAAAUUACUUGAGUGUAACUUCUGUUAGAACCCCAGCCCAGCAUGGGAAGUGGUGGGAGGGAGCCUGCAGUCUGGACUGUGAGCUGCCAUGUUAGUGUCCAGUUGCACAGGACCCGUACAUGUAAAUUAAUGUAUUUAGUAAGUUAAAAAUGACAUUCACUUUCCAGCUAUUCAGAGGGUUCUGAACUAAGCCACUGAAAUUGAAUCAGGGAAUCCCAAGUAAAAAGAUCAUAUUAAGGCAAAUUCUUUGUGCUUUUUGCUGCUGUGACUUCAAAAAAAAAAAAAAAAAUCCUGAGUGCUCUUCCUGGAAUUGAAAAUUCUAUUUAAUGAAGAAGUGUAUAAUUCCAUUAUUUAUUGUUUGUGGUUUGAUUUAUCUGGAAGCUUAAGAGAAUGUCCUUUGUUUGUCACUAGAACCCCAGUCAUGUACUGUAUCUGACGGUAACUGAAGUGCGUGCAGUUGCUAUUGUGGUUGUGAUGAACAUGGGUCUGCACUUGGAUUUGGUUAUCCAAGGAGCAGUCUGUGGCCUCGAGGAGAGAAAACAGCUCUUUCAAAAGCUCAGCCUGUUGGCUUUUCCAGAAUCUUGACUCAAAAUUCACCACUGGUUCUUUUGCGCUUGUUUUGAAAUUUAUUAUUUAGCCUAUUACUAAAACUUUAUAAAAUGCAUUUGGCAAAUACACCAAAGAAACCAGCUCAUAAAAUAUGAUCAUUAAUGAACUGCAAACCUCAUCUUUUGAAAACAAGGGUGUUUCUUUGUAAAUAUUUGUGUUUAUAAAUGUACAGCAGAGUUAAGAGUGGUUUUUUAGAUUAUUUAAUUCCCAUAUUUCUAAACUAUUUACUACAGAAUAACCCUGCUCAUUAGUUUGGAUGACUUGAUUGUUUGGUUUUGUUUUGUUUUUAAUUCAUUAUCAGUCAUGCUUGGACCGACGUUUCUGCUGGAGAAGUCAGCAUUCCGGCAGUGGCAGGAGUCACUUCUGGAGCAUGGGGGAGGCUAGCAUGACCUGUCAGACUCCCCCCUCGUAAGACACCAGAAAAGCGUAGCUUAAUCACCAGAGUGGACCGUGCGAAAGAGUUUCUAACUUCCCCCUGAAUCACCCAUUAGCCCAGGAUGGGGUUGGGACAAGACCGUUUGCCCACAAAUUUAGCUUCCAUGUAACUCCCAGUGUGUUGUAUCAUAAUAUAUUCUGUUCUUUCUUUGUAAUGUAAGUUUUGCUUUGGGUCGAUUUGAAUUAAAAAAAAAAAAUCUUAAAUCUGGUUUAAAAAAAAUAGUGAAUUUGUGUUUUCUUUCUCCUCUGCCUUAACUUCUUAACAACUCCAGGUGUUUGGUAAAAUGGAAUAAAGUUGUAUUUUUCAUCAGCACAUUAGGUCACUGGUAACUUGGUGAGAAAAUGAUUUAAAAAACAAUUGCACAUUUCAAGCCAUUUCUUUCUUUUUUUUUUUUUUUUUUUUUCUUUUUUUCGGAGCUGGGGACCAAACCCAGGGCCUUGCGCUUGCUAGGCAAGCGCUCUACCACUGAGCUAAAUCCCCAACCCCUCAAGCCAUUUCUUUAACUCCUUUUUAUUUAUUUUCUUUUUUAGUAUUACAUUUGUUUAUUUUCCUACCUACUUUUGAUCAGAGGAACCUGCAGGAGUCUGUUCUCUCCUGCUAUACAUCCCACACAGGGCUCAAGCCUAGGCGGUGAGGCAGAGCCCUUAAUCUGCCCUGCCUCCCACUGCACCUACCCCCUUUAGAGUACACGUUGUGAACACAGCCAGCAGAGAACUUGGUCUUCAGUGCAUCGCUCCAGCACAGAGGCUUCAUGAGUUGGAUUCAUUGUCUGCCACAUCUUAGUGAAGAAGACAGGUCCUUAGCUGUGAUGAAACUCUGUAGCCAGGAUGACUUACAGAAGGAAGGGUUUAUUUAGGCUUACAGUUCCACAGGGAUAAAAGUCCACCAUGGGGACGAACAGCAGGUAUGGAGGCUAGAACAAGCUGACAACUCACAUCUUCACCUACAAGCAAGAAGCUGAAGAAAACUGGGAGUAGGUCAAGUCCUUCAAGCUCUCGGAGCUCACCUUCAGUGACAAUUCCUCCAACAAGGCCACACAUCGCCUCCCAGGCUUCCCCAAAUAGCACCACUAUCUGGGAAGUAAGUAUUGAUGAACUAUGGAGGAAGUCUUCAUUUGAACCCCUGGCAUGGGCAUAGACCACAGCACAUUAAGCAGAAUAGCAAAUGCAGGCACAGCAGAGCUGAGGUAGUGUGUCAGCCUGCAGGAGAUAACGGCACUGCCUAGAGUCCGCACUCCCUCGGUAGCGUAAGUGCAGGUUGAUCUGAGAGAGACCUCCGGUUCCUACGGAUGAUGGUGUCCUAAAGGGAAGGAAAGAAGGAUAGUGUUGAGGUAUCUCAUAUGGGACAGUGAUAUGCCAGAAUUAACUGCUUUGCUGCAUGCUUGUCCAGGCUUUGCUGCAAAUCAAGGCCAAGAGUGGGACCGUUGGAAUCCUUUAUAAGAAAGGAACUUAGGUUCGUAAACUAGCUCCAUUGCCUCGAAAUCUUGGGGUCAUUCCUUCUCCCAUAUGAUGUAAGGUAUGUAUUGUUUUCCCAGCUGAAAGACAGAGAACAAAAGUGGCUUACUGGCUAUCGGUAGACCAUAGCAUCUGCUCGAUUAAAGAAGUAUUUCCACACACCAUGUAGUUGGGCGUCCAAGACGAAAGAAAGGCUCUGUGUCACACCCCCCUCUUUCUGUAGCUUAACUCGAGAAGGAAUGACACUAUACAUGUUUGUGUUUUUGUGUCUUAGCCUGCUGAGUGUCUGAUUAAAGAAGUGAGCUUCCAUGUCUGGCUUCAGCAUUGGUAAUCGUCCUUAAAAACCCAUGGAGAUGUUAAGCAUCCUCUGCCCGACCCUGGACUAACACAGCAACUGAUGGAGAACUCCUGCGGUAUACCCUGAUGCCUCUUUAUUCCUUACUGCUGCCACUCCCCGUCUGCCUGGUAGGUAGUAGUCAGUAGUUAAGUGUUAGGUAAUCCAAGGGCAACAGAGGGUGCCAACCGGAGCAAACCAUUUUCUGUAUAUCCCUGGUUCCAUGUUGAAGGCCAUAGUGUAGAUGCUUCUGUCAAAGAGUCCUCACUCUCUAGGGACACCUUGUAGUCUUCAUAGACCACAGCACAUUUGGAAAAACUGAGGCUGGUCAUGAGUGCCUUACAAGAAAGUGUCAGUGGGAUGGUAAACCCCUGAACCCCAAUACGUCGGAGGCAUGUUUGCUCUCUAACUAAGUUCUUUCCCUAAGUGCCUGCACAUCGUUUAUUCAAGUGUCCCUACGUGUUUGGGGAGGAGUUUUUUUUCUCUAUGCAUCUUUAAGCAAAACCAGUUUUGAACCCUGAAGACAUUUAAUACAUUAGAAGUAGGAAGUGUGAUUAAAAUUGGGGGCCGGAGAAAGGGCUCAGCAGUUAAGAGUACUUCUUGGUGUAGAGACCCUGGAUUCAGUUUCCAGCACCCACAUGGUGCCUCAGUCAUCUGUCGCUCCAGUUCUAAAAAGAUAUGAAGCCCUCUUUUGACCUCACAUACCAGGCAUUCAUUUGGUGCACAUACAUACAUACGGGCAUGCACUCAUGAAAUAUUUCUUUUAAUCCUUAAAGCUAUAAAAGUUAUUUUUCUAUUGUAAGUUGUGACCUUUAAAAACAACUAAUAGGCAUCUGUGGUUGUUUUCCUUUUGUGGAAAGUUAUUUUAAAAGGGUUUUUUUCUUUUUUGGUUUGGUUGCUUUUUUUGUUGUUGUUGUUUUGGGUUUGUUGUUAUUUUUUGUUUUGUUUUUGUUUUUGUUUGGUUGUUUGUUUGAGACAAGGUUUCUCUGUUUAGCCCUGGCUGUCCUGGGAACUUGCUCUGUAGAUCUGGCUGGCCUCAAACUCAGGCUGCCCCUACCUCCAGAGUGCUGGUAUUAAAGAUGUAUGCCACCAUCGUAAAGCUAUGAUUUUUUUCUCAUAUUACCUCCUGAUAAUGGUUUCCUCUCCCUCUAAUACUUCAGUUCCCCCCCACCUCCCCUCCCAUCUGAAUCUACCCCCUUUCUGUCUCUCAGAAAACAAACAGACUCGUAAGGGAUUGUGAAAUAUAAUAACACUAAGCAAACUAGUACAUUGCUAGUAGACAGAACGGAAGGAAAAGAGCCCUAGAGCAGUCAUAAGAAGCAGAAAUCCACACGUUCUCACCUAGAAUCCCAUACAACACAGCACUGGAAGCCUGGUGCAGCCCCCGCACCUGCUGCCUCGGUCUCAGUGACUUCACUUGCGCUUUGUUGAUUUAGAAAGCCUUGCUUUCUUCGUGCCCUUGAUCCCUCCAGGCUUUCCCUUCUUUCUGCAGAGUUCCCUGAGGGGAAGGAUUUAAUGGAGACAUCUCUUAGGGCUGACUGUUCACAGGUCUCUCAUUCUCUGAGUGAUGUCUGGCUGUGGAUCUCUCUGUGUCUCUCUGUCUCUUUUCCUUCUGCUGUAGGAGGAAGCCUCUUUGAUGAUGGCUGAGCAAGGCACUGGUCAGUGAGUAUAGAAGAAUGCUAUUCAGAGUCAUUUUAUUGCUAUGUGGGUUUUUUUUUAAUCCAUCAGGGAAAUGCAAAUCAAAGAUAUGCUGAGAUUUUUUUUCUUACACCAACCAAUCAAUAAAACAAGUGUCAGCUCAUGCUGACAAGGAUGUGAAGUAAACACUCAUCCAUUUCUGGUGGAAGUGCAGACUUGUACAUCUAUUGUAGAAAUCAGUGUGGCAGUUCCUCAGGAAGGUGGGAAUCGGAUCUUCCUCAAGAUCCUGUUAUACCACUGCCGGGCAUAAACCCAAAGGGUGCUUUGUGCUACCACGGAGGCACUUGCUCAACCACGAUCAUUGUUGCUGUAUUCAUAAUAGCCAGAAACUGGAAACCACCUAGAUGUCCCUCAACAAAAGAAUGGAUAGAGAGUAUGUGGUGCAUCUACACAAUGGACUAUUGCUAAACCACUUUUUUUAAAGUGAAAUGAUGAAAUUUACAGGCGAAUACAUGGAACUAGAAAAAAAAAACAUCCUGACUGAGGUAUAUUAGAAAGAGAGUUGUAGUAUGCAUUUGCUUAUAUGAGGAAGUUAGCUCUUAAGUCAGUGAUAGAAUAAGGGACUAGGGGAUGCGGUCAGCUCUCCCUGGGAAAGGGAAAUAGAAUUUGGGGAGAAGGGGAGGGAAGAUGGGGGCUGGAAUGGGAUCAAGUUGGGAGGGGAAGGGAAGGAAGGAUGAAGGAAGGAAUAUAGGGAGAGACAGCUAAAAUCAAGGGGCAUUUUAGGGGUAGUAUAAUACAGUAGAACCUUCUUAAAAUAUAUACAUAUAUUGAAAGCUAUUUAACUGAAACCACCAAAUAAUUCUGGAGACAGAGCUUCAACUGGGCCAUCUUGUCACCAAAAAGCUUCCAGUCGCUGGGCUGGAUUGCAUCUAAUUGAGUUGCUGGCUGACAGGGUCCCAUAGGAAAUUCCUAAAACAACCCAGGCUGCUGCCAAGACUGUAGGCUGCUCUCCACAAACGUUGACAGCGAGGCCCUGUUAGUGAAGACAGCACCUCCACAGCUGAUUGGAUGUGACGACGUUGAGCUGGAGCCUAUGUAGACCCUCACUGCCACAUUCUGGCAUCUCUGUCACAGGAAAGCACUCUGCGUUCUACCGAAAGGUUAACAUAAACACCAAGCUAGGCAUAAAUCCUUGGAUCAGGAAUGGUGCUCUGCCUGCAAGAUCUGCCAGUGCGAUGGUGGCACAAAGUGUGGGAGUAUGAACCAACAUCUGAUCUGUCUUAAGGCCCUCUCCAUAAGAUGGAGCCCAUCCCCAGCAGUGCGUGGGUGACUGAGAACCUGCGACUAGACAGCACAGGGACGCUGGUCAAACCAAAUACUACCAUUCAAUUUAAAAUGAAGAGGAGGAGGAGGAAGAGGAAGAGGAGGAAGAGGAGGAGGGAGAGGAGGAGGAGGAGGAGGGAGAGGAGGAAGAGGAAGAAGAGAAAAUGUAUAAUCUUGGCUUGUUCUAGGAUCUUUAAAAUCUCAUUGGGAGGUGUGUGUGUGUGUGUGUGUGUGUGUGUGUGUGUGUGUGUGUGUGUACAAGUGUCUGUGCAGACACGCUCACCCAUGCAGGCCAGAAUUGGCGCUGGGAUGGCCUCUAUCACUGUCCACCUUACUUAUUGAGACAGGCUCUCUCAUUAGACCUUGACUUGGAAGUUUUGGCUAGACUGGCUGGACAGCAAGGCCCUGGGGUCCACUGGUCUCUGCCUCUGCAGGGCUGGGGUUUAGAUGCAAACCAUCACCUCUGGGGAUUUAUGUGGGUUCUUUUUUUCCUUAGGGAACUUUUCAAUUGGUAAAAAAAUGUAGUUUAAGUCAUGUUGAGAAGAGUGAAGUGAUUACUUCUUGGUGGUCAGCUCUUAUAGGUCAGGUGGAGUGGCUGCGUGUGGCUGUACAUUGCGUUUAGGUAGAGAAACUAGGUUAGGUCAUGAGUAGACUAAACCUCCAACUGACACAGUCUUGAUCCGACUGGAGAUUUCCUAUUUUAUCUGGCAAACCGAAUGCUCUUUGCCCCGAUGCUCAUCUUGACCUGGUGUUGCCUUCUUUCCGCUGGUAGUUAUGGGUCAAAGUUUUCUUGGUUUCCUUUUUCUUUCUCAGACUAAAGAGGGCUUGGAGACUGUGGACUUACUGUGCAGGACUCUUGCAACUUCCUCUAGAGCAGUGCUCAUACUGCGGGUCUUGACCCCUUUGGCAAACUCUUAUCACCCAAAAUAAUUACGUGAAGGUUCAUAACAGUUGCAGAAUUACAGCUAUGAAGUAGCAACAAAAGUAAUUUUAUGGCUGGGGGUCACCACAACCUAAUGAACUGUUAAAGGAUCUACAGCCAGCUUCCACCUUAGAUAGGACCGGAAAAGAACAGACACCAUGUUUUCCUGGUUGACUACUGAUGCUUAUAAGAAACCAUUUUCUUUGAGUCACUGAUCAAAGAGCUUGUCACUUAGUGUCCUGGGCGGGUCUUUACCUGUUUUACUAUUUUCCUGUAUUGUGUUCAGCUGUGGUGGUCAUUCACUGCUUCUUAGACUUCUUCAACAAAGAAAACAGGACCAGGUAGGUGACAGCAUCCACAUUCCUCACCAAAUCUCAGGUGGAUUUAGUCCUGACUCCUGUGAACGUUAGCCUUGUUCCUCCUGGCUCCUACCCUUUUGUUUGGCUUUUUCUCUGUCACGGUUCCAGGUAAUAGGCCUCCUAGUGACUGUGAACUUCCAUAGAGCCCACUGGCCCCGGCUGUCUCCCUCUCUGGGCUUUCCUAGCACUUUGGUCUCUGAAGCGUGCAGGGUACACGCUAUGACUGCCAGUUCACAGGUCCCUCUGGGCUCUCAGGUUGGUGGAGAUGUCCUUACAGGUUCCAGUGUACUCAGUUGUCAAGGCACUGGAGCGAGAACUUAGUGGAGCCUUCUCCGUCACCACCUCUUGAGUUCUUUCCAUAGUUCUGUUGGCUUGUUAUUGCAUAGCUGGGCUGUGGGGCUGUGCAUGGAUGCGUGCGUGCAUGUGUGUGCGUGUGCGUGCGUGCAUGUGUGUGUGUGUGUGCGUGUGUGUGUGCACGUGUGUGUGUAUGUGUGUGUGUGCGUGCGUGUGUGUGCGUGUGUGUGCGUGUGUGUGUGUGCGUGCGUGCAUGUGUGUGCGUGUGCGUGCGUGCAUGUGUGUGUGUGUGUGUGCGUGUGUGUGUGUGCGUGCAUGUGUAUGUGUGCGUGUGUGUGUGUGCGUGCGUGCAUGUGUGUGCGUGUGCGUGCGUGCAUGUGUGUGUGUGCGUGUGUGUGCGUGUGUGUGUGUGUAUUAAACCCUGCAUACAGUGGUGGCGAGAUGAAUAGCUGUCAGUUAAGGUCCUGUACCUCUGGCUCUUCACCUGCCGUACUCACCAGUAGAAUGGGGCAUCUGGAAGCCAGGCCUCCCAAUCUUUUAUUAAUCGGUUUUCUACAAAUUAUUGAGCUCUGAUUUUGCCUGUGCCAAGAAUUUGCCAUGGAAUAGAGACCAAGCCACUGUCCAGAGAGGAAUGAUAGGAUGGCAUAUGUAUCGGGAAGUGUUCAUAGAACAUAAGGUCUCAUCAGUACACUUCCUUGAUUGAGGCCCAUAAAAAAUGCCUAUUCUGACAGUCUUGUCCUUUGUCGUGGCUCUCUUUAAUUAUUUUAGAUUUAUUUUAGCCAGGUGUUGUGAUACACACCUUUAACCCUAGUAACUGAGAGAUAGAGGCAGACAGAUCGCUGUGAUGUCAAGGCCUUGUGUGUUUGUUUACAUUGCAAGAUGUAGGCCAGCUAUAGCUACAUAGUAAGACCUUAUCUCAAAUUUUUUUCUUUUAAUUUAAAAUUCUGAGAUGGAGUCAUAUAUAUCCCCAGUGCUGCACUAAAAGUGCCAAAAGGAGAAACAUCCCAGUUGCUGGGAGGAACCAACUGCGCAUGCCCUUUGCGUGGGGAUCACCGACUGUCAUCGGAUAGCCUCAUGUACCUGGUUUUCAAGGUGGAGCUUGCACAAAAAGGCUGAUGUAGUGCAGUCUGCACUUGUUUUUUUUUUGUUUUGGUUUGUUUGGUUUGAUUUGGCUUGGUUUGGUUUGGUUUCUGUUGGCCUUCUUGGCAGCUAAGAAGCUGAUGUACCCCCAGCCUUCGUCAUUUGCUGCCAUCUGAAGGCAGGCAGGUUUGCAGCCAUUUGGGCUCCGACAUUUCUAGAAAAGGGAGACAGAGGAGAUAGAUGGUGGAGGGGACUGACACCUCAUUCACGAGGAACCUGCUAGUUCUUAUUCCCUGUCCUGCUAGACACCAGGCCUCUACCCAAGAUGGGAGCCAGGGCUACCCUGGGCCAUUUCUCCAAGUUCUUCUUGCUUUAAUCAGACCACACUUGGCCUUCAGCGUCCCAUGCCUUGGCCCAAGCUGUGGCUUUGGGAAAGUUCUGGCUGGAAGGAUUGCUCUGAAGUUCUUUCCAAAUAGGAAACUGAUUUGUUUUGUCUCUAUCUCUCAUCCAGAUGCUUCUGGAAGGCAAGAUCUAUCCAGCUGUGGGCCUUGCUGCCCAACAACUAAACAACCCUAAUUAUUGUCGCUGGCGAAAGGUAUUUGGUGAAUACCUUUUAGUAUUAUAUCAGUAAGCAUGGCUCUACUUACUGAUACCAGUCCUGACGCCGGUCAGGAGCCAAAGGGAACCAGAGCUUGACUGGGCCCAUGAAUGUAAAACCAUUUUGCAUUCAUUCUCUCUUGUUCUCUGGACUCCUUCCCUCCUCCCUGUAAAGGAGGCUUUACAUUCUCUGGGCUUCUCACCUCCUCCCCUGUGAGAUAGUUUUAUCAUCUCCACAGAAGAAGUGAGGCAAGACUCCUAUCCCCUCUUGACAACUGCCGUCUUACCAGAAAGGCUUCAGUAAGUUUCUGAGCUAUUCUUGCUCCCACAGAGAUGCUCCACACCACAUGGCCCCGCUCCCUGGUGCUUGUGUGUGCUUGUGCUCCUCAAGGACUCUGAUGAAAGUGGGCUGCACACCAUCAUCUCCUGCCACAGGGGCCUCUAUGUCCCUAUCUCCCUGACACUCGGGCUUGGUGUUACACAGAGCAUGCUUGCUUUCCAUUUCCCCCUGUGUUAGCUUUCCCUGUGACAAUGGACUCAUAAAUUUGAAAAUACACUUAUAUUCAUUGGGCUCAGAUUGUAGAGGUUCCAGUCUCUGAUUGGUUGAUCCUGUUGUUAUGAGUCUGUGGCAAAGUACCCCACAGUGGGAGCAAAACUCACCCAUGCGUGGGAAUCAGAAUAGAGAACUAGAAACCAAGGGCUUUUGAUUCCCUUUGAAGGUGCAUUCCCCUUGUCUAGAGGACCUCCCACUAGGCUCCACCUCCUACAGGCACCCACCCUACCUCCCUAGAGCUCGCCAUGCUGGGGGCGGAUGGGAACUGCUUCAGACUUGAACUGUAACACUUGGCAAACUUUCUUCUCAUCUCCCGAGUUAAUUUUCCCCUCGAGUCCCAUCUUAGACACAGAGGUCUUAGGGAACGGAAAGAGUAUAUAAAUUCAAAGAGACCUCAAAGAAUCUUGCAGUGCAGUCUAGUAGGGAGGAGACGACCUUGAGAUUGGAAGAGGCUGGAGGGCUUUGUCCACAUAUACACCCUGCCAGGGUUUGGUGAGGACACCUGGCCAGAUUCUGCUGUUCAACAGUACCACCUGUCUCCGGUACCCCAUCCUUUCUCAGUCCUGUUUUCUUGCACUCCUGUGUGAUAACAGUUGUCCUCUGCAGAGGGCUUUCAAGCUCUGAGGAAAUGCAAUAGCAUGGCAGAGUAUCCUGGAUGAUGAGCUGAUGCUGCUAUUUGAGAGGCUCACCAGGUCCCCUGGGUGGGGAAGGAGGGGGGAGGCGCAUAGCUAGCCGGCUUGAGCUGCUGUGGCCCAUGGAUAGGCAAGGUGGGAAUGUUAACACUGAGUUCACACGGUCAGCUGGUUGCCUCAUCCCUGAGCCAGGCUGGCUCCCCUGGGUGAUUAAUUCCCCAUUGCAUCCUCUCCUGGAUACCUUUAUGCAGUAAGAUAAAAGGGCUAGUAUAUGGGCUCUGGUAUGAUACUUCUAAACCCUAUAUUAUACGAGGGUCCUCGUGAUUCCUUUGAGAAUUCAUAGAAACACGCAGAGAGCCUAUAAUUAAGUAACUUUGGCUAGCUUCAUGAAACUCUUGAUGUUUAGGAAGCUAUUAGGGUGCUUAAAGAGAGAGCGCUCUACCCUGAGAUUAGCUGAUACCAUUGCUUCCUGCUCCAUUUAAUAAUUGUUUUAAAUUAAAAAGGGCUUUAAUCGCCUUCUGUUUUAACGGGAAGUAAUAAAAAUGCCUGCCGAGCAGAAUCCUGUCUUUGUGGGAUUCAUAGGUUCACACUUUACUCAAAUCAGAAUAUAUCCCUGGAAAUGAUAGAACCAGGACCCUCAGAGGAGUCCCUGGCACACUUAGAGGGAGAUUCACCUCGUUUCUGAGCAACUGCCUUGAAAGGACAAAACAGGGAUGAGUGGCAUUUAGAGGGACUUAACUAAUGAGCGAGGGAAGAACUGGGUUGGCUAAGUAGAAUGGGAAGCAGCCGAGGGGUGUCUGUCUUCCAAGUUCCUAGUGGAGUGGGGAUUGUACACGGGAGUGCAGGUGAGCCAGCUGUAGACCGUGGAGCCCUUGGCAAAAUAUUAAAAUAUUGCUGGUAGCAACCGCUAGACUUUCAGCAGACCCAGGGCAAAGUCCAAUAGAGGUCUUUGUUGAUUUGGGUUGUUUUGUUUUGUCGGUGCUGGGGAUCAAACCUGGUGCCUUAUGCUUGCUAGGCCAGUGUUCCAACACUGGGGUAUGGCCCAGGACAUGUUUCAGUUGGGCUCUCAGGGUGAUGUAGGUAUCAGUGACCAGACACCACACUUUGAAUCCAUGCAUUAGAAUACCUGUACUCUUGCAUAGUAAAGAGGGGAGAAAAGAGUCAGGUCCAGCCAUCUCUAAGAGACUUAGAGAAACUAUCUACAUGCUUGCUUGUGAGCUGUGGACAAUGGGACUUCAGGGAUCCCCAGAGCCCGCACGUAAGGUGGGCCAGGCUGGAAUAGUUCUCUGUGUUAACAAAGAUCUCUGCUGCCACAUUGCAAGCUGACUCCACGUCUACACCUUUAUGUCUCCAAUUAUUUUUUGUAACUACUUAAUAAGUCAGACACAGACAAAACCAGUAUCAUGCAGUUCUGUUAUCCUAAUAUUAUUGUUCUUCAGCCUAGUUUAGUCAUUUGUAAAUAAAUAUGUGUGCCAAACAAUAAUGACAGCCCUAGUCUAGUUAGGGGGAGGAAACUCUUGCUGCUUCUACCAGUACAGGCCCUGGCUCCUCCCGGGAAGCAGACGGCCAAAUGGCAUGUUCCUAAGAGGCAAACAUUGCCAGUGCUGUUCCCAGUGUUGGCAGCAGAUGGAAAGCACCGUGCUGCAGUCACCUGACUAAAGCCAGUGCUGUCAGAGGGAACUAUAGCAUCUGACAUCCUGGCCCAGCCCAUAGAUACAGCCUGGGCUUCUUGGGGACUAGAUUGGUGUUUCCUGCUUCAAAACACAAGUCAGCUACAUGUGGAUAGCCUGGUGUACAGCCGCUGGUUCUUGAGGAAGCUCUUCCUGACAACCACCAACUCAGGAGAACCUUUGCAUGAAAUCUCCCUGUUAAAAUGAAGAACCUUUCCUUAUUUCCUUAUUCAGCUGUAAUUGCCAUGCUUUGAAAAAAAAAAAAUCCCACUCCAUUCUCUUUCCUGGGCCAUCUGUCUUAUCCUCUCUGUGCUCCACACCUCUGGUCCACACCUCUACCUGCAAUUCCAGAGGUCUGCAGCUAUCAGGGAUCACAGACAGGACAGCAUAACCAUCCCCUGAGAGGUUCCACCCAGCAGCCGACGGAAAUGGAUGCAGAGACCCACAGCCAAACGUUAGAUAGAACUUGGGGAGUCAUGUGGAAGAGUUGGGGGAAGGAUUGAAGAACCCGAAGGGACUCCUCAAGAAGACUAACAGAAUCAACUAACCUGGACCCUUGGGAGCUCCCAGAGACUGAACCACCAACCUGAGAGCAGGCAGAGGCUGGACCUAGCCCCCAACCCCUGCACAUAUGUAGUGACUGUUCAUCUUGGUCCUCAUGCAGGUCCCCCAACAACUGGAGCAAGGACUGCCCCUGACUCAGUUGCCUGCCUGAGGAUUCCUGGAACUGGACUACCUUGUCUGGCCGUCUGGCCCAGUGGGAGAGGAUGAGCCUAGUCCUGCAGCGACAUGAUGUGCCAGGGUGGGUUGAUACUCGGAGUGAGAGGGGCUCCCCUUCUCGGAGGAGAAGGGGAGGUGGAGGUGGGGGAAGGGCUGGGGGGCUAUGAGGAGGGGAGCUGUGAUUAGGGUAUACCGUGAAUAAAUAAAUGAGAAAAUCGUGUGUUUAAUGUGUGCGAA